AUGGCGACCGAUGUGCGUCAUUCUUCCCACCCGUCCAGUGACAAGCACCCGCCCAGUGACAAGCACCCGCCCAGAGACAAGCACCCGCCCAGUGACAAGCACCCGCCCAGUGACAAGCACCCGCCCAGUGACAAGCACCCGCCCAGAGACAAGCACCCGCCCAGUGACAAGCACCCGCCCAGUGACAAGCACCCGCCCAGUGACAAGCACCUGCCCAGUGACAAGCACCCGCCCAGUGACAAGCACCUGCCCAGUGACAAGCACCCGCCCAGUAACAAGCACCUGCCCAGUGACAAGCACCCGCCCAGUGACAAGCACCCGCCCAGUGACAAGCACCCGUCCAGUGACAAGCACCCGCCCAGAGACAAGCACCUGCCCAGUGACAAGCACCCGCCCAGAGACAAGCACCCGCCCAGUGACAAGCACCCGCCCAGUGACAAGCACCUGCCCAGUGACAAGCACCCGCCCAGUGACAAGCACCCGCCCAGUGACAAGCACCCGUCCAGUGACAAGCACCUGCCCAGAGACAAGCACCCGCCCAGUGACAAGCACCCGCCCAGUGACAAGCACCCGUCCAGUGACAAGCACCUGCCCAGAGACAAGCACCCGCCCAGUGACAAGCACCCGCCCAGUGACAAGCACUUGCCCAGUGACAAGCACCCGCCCAGUGACAAGCACCCGCCCAGAGACAAGCACCCGCCCAGUGACAAGCACCCGUCCAGUGACAAGCACCUGCCCAGUGACAAGCACCUGCCCAGAGACAAGCACCCGCCCAGUGACAAGAACCCGCCCAGUGACAAGCACCUGCCCAGUGACAAGCACCCGCCCAGUGACAAGCACCCGCCCAGUGACAAGCACCCGCCCAGUGACAAGCACCCGCCCAGUGACAAGCACCUGCCCAGUGACAAGCACCCGCCCAGUGACAAGCACCCGCCCAGUGACAAGCACCCGCCCAGAGACAAGCACCCGCCCAGUGACAAGCACCCGCCCAGUGACAAGCACCCGUCCAGUGACAAGCACCUGCCCAGUGACAAGCACCCGCCCAGAGACAAGCACCCGCCCAGUGACAAGCACCCGCCCAGUGACAAGCACCCGCCCAGUGACAAGCACCCGCCCAGUGACAAGCACCCGCCCAGUGACAAGCACCCGCCUAGUGACAAGCACCCGCCCAGUGACAAGUACCUGCCCAGUGACAAGCACCCGCCCAGUGACAAGCACUUGCCCAGUGACAAUCACCCGCCCAGUGACAAGCACCCACCCAGAGACAAGCACCCGUCCAGUGACAAGCACCCGCCCAGUGACAAGCACCCGCCCAGUGACAAGCACCCGCCCAGUGACAAGCACCCGCCCAGAGACAAGCACCCGCCCAGUGACAAGCACCCACCCAGGUGUUCACGGUCGAAGCAAGGUACUAGGUACUGA